AUCCAUGGGUGUGAAUACUUUUUUUAACGUAACAAAGAAAACACGCUACUGAUAGUGGAAUUUAGAUACCAAAUCAGCGCCAUUACAAUGCUGCCAAAUCGCCGCCAUUGCACAUUUUCGUGAUUCGGGCGUCGCCAUUUUGUUCAGACUCCAACGUUGAAAUAAAUUAUCACCUAAACGCAUGACACUAUCGUUGGUAAAUCUCGCAUUUUAAUUGGUCAAAUUUGAAUCAAGAUCUAUAACAAUACUCUAAUAACCAAUGAAAGUCGUCCAUUUUGAUGACGUCAUUAAACCAAACAAGGGCUAAAUUGCAUAGGGCUGGCCGGCCGCCGGCGUUCUUUCUUUGCGGCGUGUCGCUUGUCGUGUGCGUUGUUGUCGUAUGUGAUUGUGAAGCAAUUUUAACUUAUUGAACGAAACUUACUACAAACAGAAUGUCUGGAGACCACAGCUCUGACGAGGGAUACGUUGUCCGCGCCCGCGGCCUGCCCUGGUCUGCCACAGAGGAGGAUGUCAUGAAAUUCUUUGACAACGUGAACAUCAAGGGCGGCACUGCUGGCAUCCAGCUGACGCUAUCACGCGAGGGCCGACCCAGUGGGGAGUGCUACGUCGAGCUCUGCUCCGAGGCCGACCUGGAUGCCGCGCUCAAGAAACACAACAACAACAUGGGACACCGCUAUGUGGAAGUGUUCCGCUCCAAAAAGUCUGAGAUGGACUGGGUAGUGCGCCGCUCGGGCGCCGCGGCUGCCUCGCCGGCCGAUGAGGGCUGCGUCCGUCUGCGCGGUCUGCCCUACAGCUGCAGCAAAGAGGAGAUCGCCAACUUCUUCUCCGGGUUGGAGGUGGUUCCCAACGGGAUUACCAUCCCCCUGGACGUGCAGGGCCGGUCGUCUGGGGAGGCCUACGUCCAGUUUGUGGACAAGGACGUGGCUGAGCGGGCCAUGGAGAAAAAUAAGGAGAAAAUCGGACACAGGUACAUUGAGAUCUUCCGGAGCAGCCUGAAUGAGAUCCGCGCCGCCCAGGGCGCCGGCAAGGUGCGCCCGCUGUCGGCCCGGCCAACCCCGUACGACCGCGCCGACCGCUGGGGCGGCGGUGGACGCUUCGGAGGCCGCGGUGGACGCAGAGGUUUCCAGUCGGACUACGACGAGUACUACGGUGACGCCAGCACGGGCACCUGGGGCGCCACGGGCGCUGCCAGCGGCGGCAUGGGCCGCGGCUCCGGCGGCGGCGGCGGCGGUAUGAAGAACAUGGGCGGCAAGGGCUGGCAGAGCAUGACUGGCCACACGGUGCACAUGCGCGGCCUGCCGUUCCGCAGCACUGAGUCGGACAUCAUCGACUUUUUCCGUCCGCUGAACCCUGUGCACGUGCACAUGCUGUUUGACGACUCUGGCCGCCCGUCCGGCCAGGCCAACGUGGACUUCUCCACCCACGACGAGGCCGUCAAGGCUAUGGCCAAGGACAAGUCACACAUGGCUCACCGGUACAUCGAGCUGUUCCUGAACAGCACGCCGGCCGGAGGAUACGGCGGCUACGGCGCCAUGGCCGGCGCCGGAGCCGGAGCCGGACAGGCGGCCGGAGGUCUGGGCCGGGCCGGGUUUAACGGCGGACAGUGGGGCGACGCUCAGCAGGGCGGGUACACGGACGCCGCCUACGGAGGUGGAUUCGGCGCCGGCGGGUACGGCGCCAUGGGAGGCUUCAACGGCAGCUCCCAGAUGGCCGGCAACAGCUACAGCGGCACCUUCAUGUAGACGCCCCUGGGCCGUGGCCGCUGCUGGCGCGUCCCGGUUCGGCCGCCGGCUGACAUUCAGCCCAGCGAGGCGCCCCCGGCCGGCCAGCUCGGCCUGCGCCGCCGCCGCCGCCGGCACCCCGACCUCCCCAUUGUCAGCAUUGUCAUUCUGUCUCAUCGCUCGCGCGCGCGCACGUCUGUUCGCCGCGUAAUACAGUUGUGCGCGGAGAAA